CGUUUGGCCGGUGCGUACCCACGCGGGUUCAACAUGCGUAUCGAGAAGUGUUAUUUCUGUUCGGGGCCCAUCUACCCCGGCCACGGCAUGAUGUUCGUCCGCAACGACUGCAAGGUGUUCAGAUUCUGUAAAUCCAAGUGUCAUAAAAACUUUAAGAAGAAGCGCAAUCCUCGCAAGGUCAGGUGGACUAAAGCAUUCCGGAAGGCAGCUGGUAAAGAGCUUACAGUGGAUAAUUCAUUUGAAUUUGAAAAACGUAGAAAUGAACCUGUCAAAUACCAGCGAGAGCUAUGGAAUAAAACUAUUGAUGCAAUGAAGAGAGUCGAAGAGAUCAAACAGAAACGCCAAGCUAAAUUUAUAAUGAACAGGUUGAAGAAAAAUAAAGAACUGCAGAAAGUUCAGGACAUCAAAGAAGUCAAGCAGAACAUCCAUCUCAUCCGGGCCCCUGUUGCAGGCAAAGGAAAGCAGCUGGAAGAAAAAAUGGUCCAGAAAUUACAACAGGAUGUGGACAUGGAAGAUGUUUCAUAAAAAUCUCAGUAUCUGUAACUGUUUCUAUAAGUGCGUUUGAAAAUCUCCUUUGGAAACUUAGAACUUCUGAAUUAUCAGUUUGUUUUUUAUGUAAGGUUAUGCAGUAUGAAAGGUGAUUAAAAAUAUGUCUUUCCUACAUUGCUAUCUGAAAAUUGUCAGAUAGUAUGGACGUUAGAUUGCAUCUCACUGUUAAACCUUCGCUGAUAUACUUAUGUAAAUCAUGAAAAUUCUGUUUGUAAAUACAGAAAUGAAUUGUGGACAUAAAAUGGUCAUGCCAUUUGGAUAAUGGCACUAGGCUGCAUUUAUGUAAUAACUAAUGACAAAAAUUCAUGGCUAGUGAUAUAUAAAAUAAAAUUUUCUUUGCAGUAGGA